AUGUUUCAAGGCACCAAGGCGUUCUCCAAGGAAGGGCUGAUUGCAGCAGCGCGGAUGGACCCAAGCGAGAAGGCGAAACUGGAGAUGUCGCAGUGGCUUGCGACCAUGGUCGACGAACUUUCGCGGCAGAUCGAGAUGGCCGAGGCCGAGAUCGAGCAGACGGCUGCCACGACAAAGAAGAAGAAGGGGAGCGUACGGGACGAGCGGGUAGGCCAGAUGGAGCACUGGAACGAGCGGCGCAACUGGCAUAUCUCGCGCCUCGAGAUUCUGCUGCGCAUGCUGGAGAACGACACACUGGAGGUUGAACGCAUCAAUGACAUCCGGGAAGAUAUCCUAUACUUUGUCGAGUGUAAUACGGAUGAGGAUUUCGAUGAGGACGACGGAAUUUACGACGAAUUCAACCUGGAUAACGAAGAGGAGGUGGAUGGACCGCGGGAAAAUGAGGACGAGGACGAAGAGUCGUCCGAGGAGCCGGACUCGGUUGCGACGGCGACCGAAGAUAUCGCACGGCCAGAGCCAGCCGUAGAGUCACCCCAACCCCAGCUCCCCUCCGAGGAAGCCAAGAAGGAGGAGCCCAGCGCGCCACAGGCGCCAAAGCCAGCCAAGGAGGAGAAGAAGGCGAGCGCGAAAAAGGCCGUAGAGGCCCCGACAAAAGAGCGCGUGGUCACCAACUUUGACCAAGGCAAGGUCCAGACGAAUGUAUCUCCUGUGCCAGCGGCAAAGCCCGCGGCGCCAUUACCUCCAAUUCGCUACGCGGCGGCGGCAGCAGCAGCAGUAGCAUCGCCGAGCACAUCAGCGCCUGUGCCUGCUGGCGACUCUAUUGCAGAACAAGAGUCGGUGGAUCCAGAGGAAACUGCUUCGCACCCAGCGCCAGCGCACGGCGCCACCGAUGCGCGGCUGCCCGACUCCCUCUCGGACCUCGUCGCCUCUUACGAGUACGCAAAGCAAAAGUCGCUCAUGCGCGAUGCAAAUCUCAUGCACAUGCAGCGAUCCUUGGACUCUGGCUACGUGGGUGGUGUCCCAGAGCCAGUAGACUCAGAGAGUCCCAAGUACUACGUUCCUAAGGAGCCCCUACCUACGCCUCAUUAUUACCCACAGACCCCUGCAUCCAUCUUUGACAAUCCUGCAUUGUACGCCAAGUUUGAUGUGGACACGCUGUUUUUUAUCUUUUACUACCAACAAGGGACGUACCAUCAGUACCUUGCUGCGCGUGAACUGAAGAAACAGUCGUGGCGCUUCCACAAGCAGUACUUGACAUGGUUCCAGCGACAUUCGGAGCCACAGGCCAUUACGGACGAGUACGAGCAGGGUGCGUACGUCUACUUUGACUGGGAAGGGUCUUGGUGUCAGCGGCGUAAGAGCGAUUUCCGGUUCGAAUACCGGUGGUUGGAAGAUAAUUAG